AUGGCUCUUCGUGCUCGCAGCCGAACAGUGCUUCAUACACUUCCCUUGAUGUUCCAGGUCAAUGUCAUCGGUACGAAUAGGAAAGAUGGGUUCGAUAAGCUGUCAUACCUUGACAAAAUUUAUGCACUGAAGGAUUUCCUUGACAUGGUCCCGUUCGAGGAAGACAACAUCAUCGUGUUUGUUGACGCCUAUGACGUCUUGUUCAAUCGAACCAUUAAGUACCUCCUCAAAGAAUUUUUGAAGAUGAAGCAUCGUGUAGUUUACUCGGCGGAAGUGGGAUGCAGUGCUGGUCGGGAGGCUCUUUCAAGAAGGAGCACUGCCUGCGACAGGGGUUGGCCGUACCCCGGAGUGAACACCGUUGCGCCAUACCUUAACUCUGGAGCGACCAUGGCCUAUCAAAGACAACUCAAGUUGUUUCUGGAAUCUUGCAUCUUUGAGCAUCAAUCGUGGAUGUCUUACGUCGAGAAGACCCCUGGAUUGGUUGACCCUUACUGGUUGGGAGGCGACCAGUCUUUGAUUUCCCACAUUGUAGCGCAUGGGGAAGUACACAGACAACACGAUUUGCCAAGUUGCGCUCGACCAUCCUAUGAAGAAUUUCAAGCGCCAAAGAUACUGCCUCGAGAUGCAUCUCGUGCUGCUACGGAACUCAACUCUAAGAGUAUUUGCUUCGUGACCAUUCAUGACCAAUUUGACAAAUAUUGA